GAGGCGGAAGUGUUUGGGCAUCUGGUCCUAGCUGCUCUCCGUUAAAGCACCGACGGAUAGCUACUACCCAGUGCAAUGCUACGGGGAGUAACGGCGAGGGCCUUUCGGCUCUGGAAGUCGCCAUGCACUUCCGCACCCAGGAGGUUAGUGUCUCUCUCUGUUACACCCCAGUCUGGGCUCGCAGACGAGAAGCUGCAGAUCAAAGUCCAGGGGCUUAAUCCCAGGCAGCAGGUGACACUAAGAGUUCUGGUAGAGGAUGAGAAGGAGUGUCUCUUUGAUUCGUGUGCCCAUUAUGCCGCUGAUAAUUCAGGCACUGUUGAUUUACAGAGAGAUGCCUCCCUAGGGGGUGACUUUACUGGGGUGCAACCCAUGGGACUUCUGUGGAGCUUGUCACCCUCCGUCAUGGAGAAGCCUUACCAGAGGUUAGAGAAGAGAGAUGUCCACAAGGCCCCCAUGGUGCUGGAAGUGCUGGUUCACAAAGAGCACACAAGCCCAAGGAGCAUACCUCGGGAAGUGGCUGCUAGAGUUAAAAUUGAGAGGUUGUUUUCUGGUCCUGGAGUCCGAAGAAUCAGACUGAGAGAAGGGAUAGUAAGAGGCAGUCUGCAUCUGCCACCAGGUGAUGGACCUUUCCCUGGAGUUAUCGAUAUGUUUGGUGAUGAUGGAGGGCUGGUCGAGUAUCGCUCCAGUUUGCUGGCAAGCCGUGGUUUUGCGGCUCUGGCCCUGCCAUACUUCGCCUUUGAAGAUCUGCCUCCAGCGAUGACUGAAUUUCAGCUGGAAUAUUUUGAAGAAGCUGCAAAGUUUUUGUCCCGGCAUCCUAAGGUUCGUGGACCAGGUGUUGGUGUUAUAGGAACAGGGAAAGGAGGAGAUCUGGCUCUCUCUAUGAUCACUUUCCUCCCACAAGUGGUUGCAGCUGUUAGCAUCUCUGGUUGCUGUGCCAAUACUGCUGCCAGUUUGACCUACGGAGACCUCACCAUACCAGGCUUAAAAUACAACAUGAGCCGUGUCCGAAUAUCAGACUCUGCAGUGUUUGAUGUUUCUGAAGCCCUAGAUGAUCCACUACACCCAGACAAUCAUCAGUGCCUCAUCCCUCUAGAAAAAGCAGAGGGUCACUUCUUGUUCGUAGUGGGAGAAGAUGACCAUAUCUGGAGAAGUUCUCUCUAUGCCAAGGCUGCUGUUAAACGAUUGAGGGAUAAUGGGAAAGAGAACUUUGUCCUGUUAAACUACCCAGGUGCAGGGCACCGGAUAGACCCUCCGUGCUCUCCAUUCUGUUUAGUAGCUAUUGAUCGAGUUCUUGGAGUACCUAUCUUUGGAGGAGGGGCACUCCAGGCUCACUGCCAAGCACAGGAAGACUCAUGGUGGAAGAUACAGGAUUUCCUCAAUCGGCACUUAACAUGAAAAUACUGGAAUACAAGUUACAUGUUACAUAAAUAGUAAUGUGCGCAAUGA